AUGGAAACUCUGUUGACUCGUGCGCUGUACAGAGUCAUGGCGGAUAGUAAGGUUGGUUUUGGAAUAUCCUGAAAAUGAAGAAAAUAUUUUUUCAGGACCGGGAAAGAGCUCAAAAUCUUCAUAAUAAUGUGGAUAAGAUGGAUUUUUUAACGGCACAGGUGGUUUUUUGGUUUUAUAUUGAUGAAAACUUUGUUUUUCUCUUAUGAUUCAGUUGUUUCUAGAAAUUUUUUUGUUUUUUUAACUCCAGAUUUUUUUCGAAAAUUUUUUUGGAACUUUAAUUAAAAAUUUUUUUGUAAGCGAAAGGAAUUUUUUUAUAGCAUAAAAAUAUAUGUUAGUUGAGAAAGCUUCAAGUUUUGAAUAUUUGAGAGCUUAAUUUUGUCAUGAAACGAUUUUUUAAUCAUUUUUAAGAGUUUUGAACAACGAUUAGUGAAAAAUGGACCAUGAAAAGAUGAAAAUUUCAACUUUAAGGUCUAAUUUUUGAACCAAAGUCUUGAAAAUUAGUCGCUCUGAAGUUUUUUUUUCUCAUGAUUCUUCUUCAGCCCACUAUUCCUGUUGUACAACCCCGUAGACCAAUCCAAACUCGUCCAGCUCCAACCGGAGAUGUCCAGCUCCAAAUGAGGCUCAUCGCUCAGCAGGUAGAUUGAUUCGAAAAUGAAGAUAUUUUCUUCACGUUUUUUUUAAGCUCUGCGGAAAGUUGGAACGAAAAUACGAGAAAAGGCUGGCUGAAAUGAGGGAAAAAGACCGUGACGACGUGGAGAAGCGAAUUUUCGCCAUUCGUGAAGAGUUCGACGACAGAAUUCGGUCGCAGAAGGAUAGGGUUUGUAGAAUUUUUGUUCGUUAUAUGUUAGAAUAUAUAAAAAUCGUUCUUAUUAAGUUGUAAAUCUAUAGUUUGAGGUGAAGUUCAAGGAUUUUUCCAACUAAUUUUUUUAAAGUACCUCUGAAAUUUUUUUUAAAGGACUCGUAAAUUUGUAACGCGGAACGGACGUUUCUGUGCCUUUCUAGGGAUCACUUAGGAGCGCUGAAUCUCCUAAAGUGGUCACUUGAAAAACGUCCUUUUCGCGUUACCAAUGUCUGAGGAAACAUGGACUUCCGAUAACUUUUCUGAAAACUGAUUUUUUUGGUUGGGAUAUUGAAUUUUUCGGAUUUUUUAUCUUUUCUGGUCGGUUUCUCGUUUUGAGAAAAGAAAAUUCCAAUUUUUUGUCGGACUUAGGGAUUCCAGAGUGGUCCCUAUAGAGGUUAGGGGGAGAAGAACUUCAUCAAGAGCCGAAAAAUUGGUCCCUAUAGAAGUAAAAUUGAGGUGGUCCCUAUAGUGGUUUAGAGUUUGAUUCCUUAGCUCCUGAAGCUUAAGUGGUCUUAAUAGGGGUAAAAUAAGGGUGGGCCCUAUAGGGUUUUAAGGUCCGACCCCCUAGCCCUAAACCUCAAGUGGUCGCUUUAGGGGUCUGUCAUUGUCGUUCAAAAGCUUAUUUGUUCAGCUUUUUCCCAUCGAAAUGCUUCUUCGCUCAUAGUUAAAAAUCAUUCCUGUAGGGUCCACUAAUUGAAACCCCUAUAGGGACCACUGCAAGCUUUAGUGCCCCUAUAGGGGUUGGUAAAGGGUUCCCUAGAGGUGACCCUUCAAGGACCUCUAAUUUUUCCCCUAUAGGGACCCCUUUGGAGUUUCUAAGUUUCCAGUUUUUUUCAAUCCUUCUUCUCUUACAGAUAUUUUUUCCAUUUUUUCCGUUCCAUAAUUUUUUUUUCCAGCUCGAACGAGAAAAAGAAAGAUGGAAAGAACAAAUGAAGGAACAUGAGAGAAGUGCCGAAAAUCGAGUCGAGAUGAAGCUGAACGAAAGAGAAGCCGAUUUGGAGCUCCAAAGAAGGGAUCUGAGCAAUCGAGCCGCGGAACUUGAGCUGAAUCGGGAGAAUUUCGAGAGAAUGAAGGGGGAAUUCAAAAGGUGGAUAUCUGAAAAACUUUCAAAAACAUUAAAAAAUACCAAAAAAAAAUUUUUUUUUUCAAGUUUCCGUUGUUGAAAAUGACUAAACUGAAAGUAAAAAAAGAAGUUUUUCCAGAAAAGUUGACGGCCAAAUAGAGAAAAUCAACACGGAGCGACAACGAUUGGCCGUCCUGGAAUCGCAAUUUCGAAAUGAUCAAAAGUUGUUUCGAUUCGAAAAAGGAAAUAAUUAAUUAUAUUCAGUUCUGACGCUAUGAUCGGCCAUGAAAUGAACCUGUGGAAGAGCCGAGCCGAGGAUUUGGAGAAGGAACUCGGAGAAACGAGAAAAAAACUUUCCGAUGCGCUGAGGGAAAAUUUUCGGCUCAGAGAUGAGAUCGAUGGGCAGAGCCAUCUGAAGGUUUAAAAAAUGAAAAUUUCACAGUUCUUAAGAAAAUAUUAUUGGAAAGGGUCGUUGAAGGUUGGGAAGACGACGAAAAAUCGUUUUCUUUAUUUUUCAAAAGUUUCCUUCUCCGUAUACAAUUUUUCUACAUGAACUAUGGCUGAUUCACGGCUGGCUUGAGCCUUUGAAAAAAAGGGUCCUGACACGAUAAUGCACGAGAUAGCGCCUGGCUCGUGGAGAGCGCAGACAGGACACGCCUUCUUAGCGUCCCAAACUGGCCGUGAAUCAGCUAUACUCAUAAAACAGAAAAAUCGAUAACUUGAUCGCUUUUAGAAGGAAUUACACACGGUGGUGCAGAAGUUGGCCGAAGAGCGGGAAGAAUUGUCAAGGCUAAAAAUCGAAAAUCGAAGAAUGGGCGAUUAUGAAGACGUCAAGAUGGAAAAUAAAAGCUUGAAAGAGGAGGUGAAGAAAAUGAACCUGUAUAAAAAUCGAUAUUUUUUUAAGAUUUCCAAGCAGCGCCAAAGAUUCCUCCAGUCUUUGGACCAAGCCUUGGAAGAGCGUUCAUCUGCAUUUUCAGAAAAAGAAAAGAGGCUUCAAAUGGUGGCCAGUGAGGCGAGAAACCAUGCUGCGGUUGCGGUUAGUUUUGGAUUCGUUUUUAGGCGAAAAAAAAUUGGAAAAUUCCAGAAUCCCCCCCUCCCCCGUAUCCGAACAAGCCCCCCACCAAGGCAAAUUUGGAUGGGUGCGGGGUGAAAUCAAAAGUCCUUUUGUGGGGUUCUAUUUCUUAUUCGAGAAUCCCCCUCGCCUUCAUCCAACUUUCAAUAAGCAUUGAAAGCCUUGCCCGGAUCAGCCCUCCCCCACGUCCGAACAAGCCCCCCCACCAAGGCAAAUUUGGACGGCUGGGGAGGUCUAUAUCUUAUUCAAAAAAAUCCCCCCACCCAGCUUUGGAAUAAGCAUUGAAAGCCUUGUUCGGAUCAGCCCUCCCCCAUCACAUACUACCAGAUCAUCGAAAAUUGGAAAAAAAAUAGCUGUAAAAUAUGUAGUAUACAUGAUUAAUUUAUCAAAAAAACCCAAAAUAGAAACUAUAAAAUGUAAUUUUUAUCCAAUAAACAGGACUUAGAAGUUUUUAUAAAAAGCAUGUUACAUGUCAUUUUCUAGUAAUAACUUCAUGAAAAAAAUGAAAAAAAUGAAGACGAAAAGAAAAGAAGCUUUCCAAGUGUUUCUAGCCUUUAAUAAAGUGUUACAUUGUUUUGAGGAAUAUUUUUUUCAGACCGAAAGAUCGCGAGAACUUGAAAUGGAAAGAGACGUCUUGAGAAACGAGUUGAAGUCUCUCCAAAAAUUGGCUGGAAAAUCGGCUUUCAGAAAUUCCGCUAGAGGUUCCAAGCCAGAAAACUCGAGAUUUUCAAGGUCCCCCCGUUAAAAAAAAAACCAAAAAUUUUUAACUUUUAGGUCCCGACGCGAAUUAUCGCCAGAACAGUCUUCUUCAUCACUGUCCGAAGGGGAAAUGGAGAUUUUGAAUAUUCGUCAGAGGAUCCAGAAUCUCGACGAAAUUGCCAAAGAAUUGGACGCCUCUGUUGAACAUUACUCCAUGUACAACCAUGCUCCUGAUUUGCAACAUGUUAAAAGUUUCCGGGAGGAGGAGAGCAAGGUAAAAUCGACAUAAGAAAGUUUUCGAGUACCUCUAUUUUCAGGUAGAGAUGUACGACGACUUCUGUCGCGCUCUGAAUGGCCAUCAGAACACGUCAUCUCCCCAGAAACCUUUGAAAAGCCUCAACGAAGUAGAGGAGCCGAGGAAAUUGCGACUUUUCGAACUCCCUGAACGUGUUAUUGAAACUCCCAAUACUGAUACAAGGGCCAGCUCGGAGGCGUCGAAUCGGAUGAAGACUUGGGUGGCGCUUGGCGACGUCAGAAGAGCUUCUGGAGCGGCUAGAAUAGGAAACGACGGAAGAGCUGCUGAAGCGGAUAGAACCGCCGGAUUCUGCGAGGCUUCUGAAGCGACCAGGGCGACCAGACAAGCUGGCUCUAGUCAUGGAGUUGUCAGAGAGGCUUCUGAAGCGACCGGGACGGCCAGACAAGCUGGCUUUAGUCAUGGUGACGUCAGAGAGGCUUCUGAAGAGAUUGAAACGUCAAGAAGAAUGGAAUCUUCCCGUGGAGAUGUCAGAGGAGCUUCUGAAGACGUUGGAUCGUCAAGAAAGGGGGUAUCUCCUCGUGGAGACGGCAGGGAAGAAGAAGAAGUCAAGACACCCUUCAAGCCCCUGACGUCAUCUGGAGAAGUGCCCUCAUCUGAUUCUACUGCCACACAAUCUGCUUCUUUGGAAGAACGGCUUAACUCGAGAUCGGCUGCGAGGUCGCAAAAGCAGAAAAUGUUGAAUCAGGUACGUUUUUUUUUCACCUAUAAAUGGCAGAGCCUUGCUAAACAGAAGCUGAAGUGAACUUUCAAAAAUUGGCAGCGCCCAAACGGAAAGCUUUCAAGGACCUUCAAAAUUUUGACAGUUUUCCGAGUGCCUAGUUUUAGCAGCACCCUACUGAGCAGUGACUAGAGAAAGCUUCCCAAAAUUGGCAGCGCCUAAAAAAUUGAAAGCUUCCAGAACAUUCGAAAAUUUGGAAGUUCCAUGACCGCGUAUAGUCUGUUCAUUGUUUGAAUGUCGACCAGCUAACUCCGCCCCUGCUGAGGCGGUACCUUUUGGAGUUAGCUGCUUUACAUUCAAAAUCUGAACAGACUAUAAAUUCUGAAGACCCUUGCUGAACAGAGGCUGAAGAUAGCUUCCUGGAUUUGGCAGCGCCUAAAAAAUUGAAAGCUUCUAGAAUUUUCGAAAAUUUGGCAGCUCCCUAAGCACCUAAAUUUGCAGACCCUUACUGAACCGAGUUCUUUGUAAGCUUAUAAAUUUGAAAAAAAAUGAGCAGUUAAUCAAGCAGCGCCUGAUUGAACAUCAUCUAAUGGAAUCUUUCAAAAAUAGGCAGUGGAAAGUUUACGUUUUUAUUAGUUUUAGAUUUUUGAAGUUCAGUCGGGUUAAAAAACGCUUACUAGUUGAGUUUUUUCGAAGAACCGGAAAAAAUUGAGAAAGUAGGAAAAUUAAUGAAGGGUUUUUUACUUUUUUUAAAGCCUGGAUCAUAUUUUAUUCGUUUCGAACUUGUUGAAUGAAUGUUGGGCAAGAAAAAAACAAGAAAUUCUCUUUUUUUCUUAUUUCAUUUCAAGUUAUGAAAAUUUCAACUUUAAAAAAAGGUUUUUCAAUAAGUUCAAUUUAAAAGUUUUUCAGCUUGCCGAACCUGAACCGACACCCUCUAAAAAAACCAGCUCAGCCUGA